AUGGUGCUCAUGAUUCAAGAGUGUCCCUAUGGUACCUAUGGAAUGGAAUGCAGGAAAACCUGCAACUGUCCGUCUGGCAUCUGUGACAGAGUAACCGGCAAGUGUCUGAAGUUCCCAUUUUUUCAACUGUCUGCUUCAAAGCCUCCAAAUAGACGAAAAAUAGUUUCACACACAGAGAAUGACAUGGCAUCAGGGGAUGGCAAUUCUGUAAAAGAAGAAUUUGUUAAGGAGAAACCUAUUCGCUCUCCGGUAAUGAAAUGGCUAAAUCCUCGCUGA